AUGUUCCUACCCCCACAAGAACGCCUGGCUGCAUUAAAGAGGAGGGAGGCGGAGCUGGAGGCGGCUAAGGUCACUGAGACCAGUGAGAGACCACGGAAGGAGAGGAAGGCUCGGAAGCCGUCUGAGAAGGGGAAGGGUAAAGCCAAAGAGACAGCCAACACGACGGAGGACGCGGAAGAGGAGGAGAGGAAGCUGGUGACACAGGAGAGGGAGGCGGAGGUGUCACCGGAGGCGACUGAGGAAACGGUGAUAGAGGAGGAAGGGGGACUCUUAGGGGAAACGAUGGGGAAGAGUCCGCCUCCGGAGAAGAAGACUGUCCCACUGGCCCCGAUAUUCGCGCCCAAGAGCGAACGCUUGCGGAUGGCAGCUGAGAAGAAGCUUGCAGAGGAGAAGGGCGCUGUAGAGGAGACCAGGGGUGGUCGGAAGAGGCGUGUCUCGCGGGUCGGCCUGCAACAGGGCAGCCAUCGUUUGAGCAACGACCCUGUUGGCCAGGUGGCCCGAGCUAAGCCAAAGGCUCGGAAUAAGCCUCGACGAUCACCCGAGUCGGAAUCGGAGUAUUCUACCUCUGAGGCCGAGUCGGUGUUGCCUCCUCCUCCUCCGCCCAAGGUGGUCUUGACUGAGUACAGUGCGGCUCCAUUGAAGGUCGCGGGCUCAUCGAAGUCUACAGGACCUGUAUUCGGCAUCUUUUCUGGACGCAGCAGUGGUAGGCGCGAUGCUCAGAAUCUUGUCUAA